AGUUUAAACUGACUUUAAGAAUAAAUUUCUCGAUAUUACUGAUUUUUAUCAACUUUAUUGAUAAAGACGCCAUCAAAUUGUAAAAUGUAAUUACGACUGUAACAAUGACGAGAUUUGAAAAGACAGAAAUUCACUACUUUAUAAACAUGUUUUCUCGUGUUUAUAGUUUAAAUUUCAUCGUUAAUUCUUUUCAAUUUUGCCCCUUAUCUUUUAUUUAUUUCACUCUAAUUAGUUGUUAGGUGUGUACUUCGAUAUUCGUUAUUACACUUACACCUGUCGUUACUAUGACAACAUAAUUCUUAUCCUGUUAGAAAGAGUUCGCGUAUAUUUACAAGUUCAUCAGUUGAUUAUAAUAAAAGUAUUAUCUUUCAUUAUGAACAUAGAAGAACUUGAAAUAUUUGGAAUAAUAGCAUUUGACGGUGUAAUAAGAAAUGGCUUACGAUUACAUCCUGAUGAAGAACACUUUGUGUAUCCAAUGGGCAACAAAAUUACUAUUAAACAUAUAAAAACGAGUGAACAAUUCUUUCUUACUGGCCAUAAGAAUUUCGUUUCCGCUUUAUGCAUUUCACCUUCUGGCCAACUAAUAGCUUCUGGACAAAUAAACCAUCAUGGUUUCAAGGCAAUGGUUAUAAUAUGGGAUUAUAAAAAUCGUAAGAUGAAAUAUAGCUAUGAAAUGCACAAAGUUAGAGUUGAAGACGUAUGUUUCACAGAAAGUGAACAAUAUCUUAUUAGUCUUGGAGGCAGAGAUGAUGGUCGCAUCAUAAUAUGGGAUAUUGAAAAUGGAACUCCACUUUGUGGUGCUCUUGCUGGAAGUGAAACAUCUGGAAAUAUUAUAAUAAUCGCACCAACUAACACUUGCAAAACAAGUUUUAUCACAGGAGGAGACAAUAAUCUGAAAUUAUGGCGUAUCAGCUCAAAAGAUCGAAAGCUAUAUGGAACAGAUGUAAAAGUCGGAAAGAUUAAACGUUCGAUUAAUUGUUUAGUUAUAGAUGAGAACGAUGAAAAUGUUUACUGCGGAACAACAUCUGGCGAUAUCAUAAAAGCAAGAUUAAACAUAGAUGAAUCAGAGGAAGGGAGUAAAUAUCCGGUAAUGAUCGGAUGUUAUUCAAAGAUACCAACGCGUAGGAGAACGCGUGUAGCAAAAACAAAUGGACCUAAUGUAGAAGUGUAUGCAGGUGGUGUGAAAAAUUUGUUGCUUUUAGAAAAAGAUAAAUUAAUCGUAGGUACUGGCGAUGGUACAGUCGAAUUAAUUGAAAUAACAAAAGACGCGAGACUUAAUGUAAAUAAGAUGAACAAAUCGUUAACAAUACCCGCAAUAAUAACAUACCGUACAGCGAAUGUAUGUGCCAUGGUAACAUCACUGAUCCGGUAUAAAAAUAAUUUUAUAUUAGUAGCGACUGCUCUAUGUGAGAUUUAUGAAAUUGAAUUAUCAAGCUUUCAAAUGCGUUUAAUCGUCACUUGUCACACAAAUUCAAUAUACGAUUUAGCAUUUCCACGGAAUAGUUCAGAAAUAUUUGCAACGGCUAGUAAAAAUGAUAUACGAAUAUGGAAACUGGCAAAUCAAAAAGAAUUGCUUCGAAUUACCGUACCUAAUUUUGCUUGUUCCAGCAUAUGUUUUGAUAGUAAUGGUGGUUCUAUAAUAUCUACUUGGAACGAUGGUACGAUAAAAGGAUUUGCUUUGAAUGGUGGAAAACUAUUAUUCGAGAUUAAUUCAGCUCAUACAAAAUGUGUGUCAACAGUUACCAUUACAAAUGACGAUGAUAAAUUGAUUAGUGGUGGUUGUGAUGGACAAGUGCGAAUAUGGAAUGCAAAAUCUGAAUUACGACAUUUACUGCAAGUUCUGAAAGAACAUAGGGGCCCAAUAACAUCAUUACAUGUUUCACCAGAUAAUAAAAGUUUGAUUAGUUCUAGUACAGAUGGUACAUGCAUACUAUGGAAUUUAAGAAAUUUCACGAGAAAAUUCAUGUUAAGUGGAAACACAAUGUAUAUGGCAACGUGUUUCACUCCUAGCGGUAUUCAAAUUUUAACAUGUGGCACAGAUGGCAAAAUAGCUUAUUGGGAAACAUUGGAUGGUUCGUUGGUUCGGGAAAUUGAAGGUUCAAUUACUGGAACCUUAAAUACCAUUAAUAUUAGUCAUGAUGGACAACAUUUUCUCACUGGAUCAGAUGAUUCUAUUGUAAAAUUAUGGGAAUAUCGUACCGCUACUACUAUUCGUUUAGGCCUCGCACAUGCGGCUGCCAUUACUCGUUGUGUCUUUGCUCCAGAUGAUAAAUUUAUUGCCACGGCAAGUGCAGAUGGUUCUAUAAUGCUUUGGAAAUAUCCUUUUUUGAAAAAAACAUCGAUCACAGAUGAUAACAAACAACACACAUUGAUCACAGACGAUAACAAACAACACACACUACAAUCAUUAUCUACAGUAUCUGUAACAAAUAAUGUGUCUAAAGUAAAUUACAAAUAAUUAUUACAUAAACUGUAUUACACUUUUACUAACUAUUCACAAGCAUCAAAUAUCUCACAAUAUCUAAAUAACUAAUUGUUUCAUUUUACAUAAAAAACUCACAUAAUCAAGUACAAGUAUUUUGUAUACUGUUCAUAUAAAACUUAUAUUAUUAUUUAUUUUUGUAGUACAAAACGAUUUAAUGAUAAAUUUCAUUUACAAUAAAUUAUUUACUAUAAUAUAAUAAUUAUUUAUAUUAAAUUAUUUAUAAGUAUUUUUUUCUUUUUUGAGUAAUAUC